ACAGACUAUUGUUUAUCUGUUUUGUUUUGGGUUGUUAUAUUGCAAAUGUUUAAGACUUCUCCAGAUAGAUAAAAUUUAUGCAACAGUGGGAUCUGUUGCAACGUUCAAUUGUUCAAAAGAGGCUGUUACUGGAAUCAUUUGGGUGCGAUUGGAAAAUCGUGAACAUAAUAUUCCUUUUACAAUAUACACAGACCGAAAUAUUAUAAAUUCUGACAUCCAGAACCGGGACCGUAUUCAGAUCUUUGACAAUAAAAACAGAGGAAUAUAUCAGUUGAAAAUAUCGAAUGUUUCAAAAUAUGACGAUGGCAAAUACAGAUGCAGCUAUCUACUGGAUAACACAAUUUAUGAGUAUGAUGUAACAUUAAAGAUAACAAUACUUAGUCCUCCGUCCAAUUUAAGAUUUUUGAACAACGACAAAGGUUUUAUAUCCGGCAUGGAAGGACAUAACGUUACAAUAAGCUGCUAUGUUGACAGUGGAGUUCCACCAGAAACAUUAUAUAUGCAAUCAACCAACGGAUUAUCUAAAGGAGGAGGAUCUGGAAACAUUAAUCAUUCUUUAGUUCUCAAUAGGUCGAUGAAUGGCAUCAGUUUCACUUGCAAAGCAAAAAGCAACCAACUGGUUGCUCCACUGGUUUCACACAUACAACUGCUUAUUAAAUAUAAUCCAACUGUACAUAUAGAAGAGGGCUCACAGCUAACUCUUAAAGAAGGAGAUAAUUUAGUUUUGACAUGCAAUUUCUCUUGUUACCCUGAUCUACAAAGCCUAGCAUGGAAACAUAUGAUUUAUAUUAUGGAUGAAAGGAAUAUUAUAUACGGAAGUACAAGAAGGUUAGAGAUAUCCCAAGUGACGAAAAGCCACUCUGGUACAUUUAUUUGUAAGGUAAUAAAUGAGGUAGGGGCUGGAUAUGCUAAAAUCAACAUAACAGUUCAGUAUCCACCAUUAGUAAAUAUUAAAGUAACACAAAUUGCAAAUCAUGUUAAGCUAGAUUGCAUUCCACAAGGGGUACCAGAUAUAUAUACUUUCGAACCAUGGGAACAUACUACGGCAGGUGGUCAACACAUCAGAUUUUUAAUUGGAUAUCAAAAUGGAACUUUGGUCUUAAAUGAGACAAAAUCCGAAAAUACAUUACAAGACACGGGAAUUUAUAUUUGCUCAGUUAGAAAUGGCAUCAGCGAUAGUAAUGGCAGAUUUAAUCAAACAGGACAUGUACCAGUCAAUAGAAACGGAUAUCCAAUCUUUGGAAAUAAGAAUCGAGCGUCACAAUUUGGAACUUUUGGACACGCAACCACUUUAAACUUUGAUGUGUACAGAUUGGAGGCAGAGGAUUUGAUUAUAAAAGAUAAACUGAAUCGAAAAUGCGAUUUUGGCAGUCAAAUAAAGAUAAAAGUAAACAUAUCUGUUGUAUUUCAUGGAACCGAAGUUGACGUUGAAGGUUUAAACAUAAAAAUAAAGACUCAACCAUUAACAGGAGAAGAUUUUGGAAAUUAUACAGUGACUGCUCUAAGUCGUUUUGGGAACAGCACUUAUCAUUUUACCUUGCAAUCAGCAACUUCGCCAUUGAGUCCACACAACGUGACUUUGACAACAGCAGCUACAAAGAUAUGUGUAAGCUGGAGCAGAAACUUUGAUGGCGGCUAUCAACAAGAAUUCUUUAUACUAUUGUUAACAACAGAUCUGGUUCAAUUGAAAAAAUAUGGACCUUUAAAAGACACAAUGCAGAGACAACAAUCGUUUACACUGAAUUCGGUGGAAGCAGGAAUUACAUAUUAUAUACGAAUGUUCUCGAAAAAUAAAAUUGGUCAUAGUAAUUUGACUGAAGUUUCUAAAGUAACGACAAUGGACACCUUCAGGGUCCCUAGUGAAUAUGUUUUGACCUCUAUGUCUGCAGUUUGUAUACUGACUAUUGUCGCCGUGGGAGUUUUUUACAAGAUUUGGAAAGCCAAACGGAAUUCAUAUCAUGAAGACGAUGACGCAGUGAUUCAACCAUUGGGAAAUCAAUAUCAUGUUGAUAAUGUACUCUACCAAUCACAAGAGGAAAUUAAUUUAUCAGGAGGGGGAGGAGGAGAUGGAUAUUCCAAGAUUGACCGAAGUGACGCCAUAUUACCAUAUGGUGCUGUUGUUUCGUAUUCAGCACAAUGCUCAAGUAGUGAUGACGGAGAGGACUAUGAAAACGUGACAGGCAAAAGUGGAAAGCUACUGAAUGAAGGAGAACGCAAUGCCAUCUCAAUAAAGGAUGACCAUGUUCUUAACUAUUCUGAGGUUGUCUUCAGUCCUUGUGAAAGUUCAAGAUUUGUGAUUCAUGGAUCCAAUAAUAAAACUGUUUACGCUGAUGUUGACCUGUCACUCAAAGCUGUAGCUUUACCAUACACAGACGAUGAGUCAAGUGAUGACGCUAGUGAUUUUGAUGAUGUCGUAUCAUGGGUUAAAACAAAUGGUUAAAAUUUAAAUGCUGCAAAACUGCAAUUAUAAUUUACAAAUACACUUUUUAUGUCUUUGAUUAUAGAUCUUAAAGUUCCCAAGUGAUAUCUCAUUGCAAAUCAAUUGCUUGUGAUUUUUCAUCUAGUCCACGCAUGAAAUAUGUUUAUUGAUUGUUAAAAAUUUUGACAUCUUUUUAACAUGUAGGCUUAGUCUUAUACAUUGAUACUAUAAUAAAAAAUCAAGAAUCAAAUGGCUGGACACCA